GCCUCCUGCUUGCGUCCAAGACCAUACGCUCCUUCACAACGAACCGUCUCCUCGUAAUUCCCGGUACGCAUCCACGACACUCUCGAUAACGGAGAACACGCCCAUCCAGCCAAAAAGUUCGAUUUCGUCGACUGCCGCUCUCAAUCUCUUGAUGAACACUGCGCAGUAACUGCGCCGAGCCCCCAAGGACAUCAUCCACCGUGGCAGCCACUCUGGCAAGCCUUCCGAGACCGCGGCUCUCCGCGCGGAUACCUACAACGCAAUCACUAUGCAGGGCAGGUAGCCCAAGCGUCGGCCGUGGGGCCAUUCGGUGCGUCUCGGUCGAUGCCUCGAGCAAGUUUGACCCUGGGCAGGCAACGCCGCCGCAAGGCAUCGCCCCUGGGAAGGUGGCGCCUGAAGAGAUGGCGGCGACUGUCCCGGGCGCCCAGACGGUGGGCGUGCCUGGGGAGAAGAAGCAGUGGUUCAAAAGGGUCCUGGGACUACUGCCGGAGCAGAACGAGAAGGAGUUGUACGCCAUCUUCAAAGCCGACUCAUUAUCGCGAUUCUACGUCCCGGCGGUCAUGAUGGGUCAUGAUUCACCACCACCGCCGUCGUCGCGGACGGUACACAUCCUCGGAAAGGACCAGCGGUCCCUGUUCCUGUCGCACGCACUGCACGGCAUCUACGACUCAGUGAAGGCCAUCAACCUGACAAGGAAUACACCGUAUCAAAAUAUUUCCGGAAACGAGGGAGUGAGGAGGAGCGGAGGCUGGAUCGAGCCGAACGUUGCGCUCGAGGAGGCCACAGAACCGGACGGAGAUGAGGGGCAUAUCAGUAACCUGGUGGUUGCUGGGAGGCCGAGCGAGACAAUCAAAAUGCUCAACGAGGUGAAGCACCGGGUGGAUGAUCGGACGGCCGUGCUCUUCGUCCAGGACGGGCUCGGGGUCGCUGAGGCUGUCAACAAUCAGGUCUUCACAGAUGCGGAGAGGCGCCCGUCCAUUGUCCUCGGGCACAUGAGUCACUCCCUGGCGUACGACCGCAAGACGAACUCGGUCAAGCUGAUGGCGCCCAAUUAUGAAACCAUGCUGACGGGCGUGCGGCCGUAUACCGGCAAGAAGGCGGAUGCGACAGACACGUGGCUGCGAUCGCGGGGUAUGCUGGAGAAGUUUGCCUCCUCGGAGGUGCUCAGAGCCAAAGGCAUGGGGCUCGACAGCUGGAUGAAGCAUAAGAUCCCGUCACUCAUGUUCUCGGCCGUGGUCGACCCGAUCUGCGUCAUGCUGGACUACCGCUACGAGCAGCUCCUCUACAACCCGACGGCCAACAGGCUCACGACACAGCUACUGAAAGAGAUCGCUGACGUCGUGGCGCGCAUGGCUGAGGUCAAGAACUCGCCGGAGCUGCAGGCGAUGCUGCGGGGCGAGGGCAUGCGCAAGGAGAUCAUGGGGAAGCUCAGGGCCAAGGGCUCGGCGCCGAGCCAGAUGAAGUUGCAGAUCCAGCGCGGUAUGUUGACGGAUAUUGACUACCUGAACGGGUUCUUCAUCGAGAGGGGACAUAGACUGGGCCUGAAGCUGCCCGCCAAUGAGAUGAUUGUGGGCAUGGUGAAGGCGAAGCACAAGGCGCAGCUGGACAGGCAUCGAUCAUACAUCCCUCUCGAAGUGACCUCGAGGAGAUGAGUUCCAGGGCGUUGUGUGCUGUUGUGCCAUCAACAGUCAGUAAGACUGGGAAAUGGUGUUAUGUAUUUAUGGUGGAUUAGCAUUUUGUACGAUUAUGUACCUUGGACAAAAAAGCGCGACAUUGAUUCCAGGCACAAGAUAGACGCAACAACCCGUAAUGAAGUGCUGUUGUAACGC